AUGGCGGUUAGAUUUGUGGUUUACACCGGUGGCAAGUGGGAAUUCGUUGACGGUAGGCGUGAGUACGUAAUGCAAGCUGAUUCUCUUAUACGUGGGUUUGAAACUAAUUUUGACAAAAUUUCGUAUGAUAACUUUUUUAAAAAUGUGUGCGACUUUUGUGGUUUUCGAAAUAUCACACGGUUAUCCUACAAGAUGUCUGAUUAUUCUGAACCUAUAGAUAUUAUAGAUGAUUCAGAUCUUUUAUUUUUUUUCAAACUGUGGGAAAAUAAUCCUACAGAACUUUUUAAACUAUACGUGGUGCAAGAAGUUGGUGUGGGUUCUUCUUCUUGUUCUCCUACGUUUGAAUAUAAAUGCCCCGAUUUAAAUGAUUGUGUUUUUUCAAAGGAUGAUUUUAAGGCCAACGAUAAACUAGAAUUUAUUGAUAAUAAAGAUAAAUGUCGAUUUUAUGAAGGUUACACCUUUCGUAACAAGCAGGAAAUGAAAAUCGAACUAGGAAAGAUGUGCUUAUCCGAAUCUUUUUCGUAUAAAGUAGACAGGUCAUCAAAGACUCGUUAUGAAGUAUCAUGUGUUGUUGAAAAUUGUGAGUGGAGUUUCAAAUCCGCUAGUCGGCAAUCUUGUGAUGUUUUCUACGUUAAAUCUUUUAACAACAAACAUACGUGUUCUAAGACGCAGACACAUCCACACAUGCGUCAGGCUAACCCAAUGGUUGUGGGUAGCAUGUUAAAAGAACAAUUUCAAAAUUCUGGUCGAAUUUACCGUUGCCCAGAAAUAGUCAAAGAUCUUAGAAUUAAAGAAGGAGUCAAUAUAACUUAUAUGCAAGCGUGGCGAGGAAAAAACAAUGCAUUACAACUUUUGCAUGGAAAUUCAGCAAGUUCUUUUGCUGAACUUCCAAUUUACUGCUACAAUUUGGAGAAGGCUAAUCCAGGAACAGUGACGCACAUAUUGACUGAUUCGGAGGAUCGUUUUGAAAUGGUAUUUGUCGCCCUAGGUGCCGCGAUUCGUGCCUUUGUAAGAACCUUAAGACCGGUCAUUAUCAUAGACGCGGCCCAUUUGAAAGGCGAGUUUAAAGGAACAUUGUUUUUGGCUGUGGGCAUGGACGGAAACAAUCAGAUUUUGCCUGUUGGUUACGGGAUUGGUAAAUCUGAAGACGGUAAUUCGUGGACUUGGUUCCUUUCAAAACUUAAAGAUUGUAUUGGCGAUCAUCCAGAGUUGGCAAUCAUUUCUGACCGAGCACCUUCUAUACAAUUAGCCGUAAGGGCCGUGUUUCCACAAGCGUUUCACGGGUUGUGUUGUCGUCAUUUAAUGGUUAACCUUAAAUUACCCAAAAAAAAAAAAAAGGAAAACGAGUCUCUAUGGUGGCAGACUUGCAAAUCUUACCGGCUUUCCGAUUUUGAGGAAUCUUUCAACGCGUUAUGUGCCGCAGUUCCGAGACUAAGGAACACUCUUACGACAAUUGGGUUUGAGAAGUGGUCAAGAGCACAUUGUCCUGUUAAAAGAUACCAUUAUAUGACUUCUAAUAGUGCCGAGUCGAUGAACGCUCUAUCAAAACAUUCCCGAAAAUUGCCGGUGACGCAACUUAUUGAAUUUUUCCGGCAAUCUGUUCAAAAAUGGUUUUAUGAUCGUCGCAACCAGGGAAUCCAUGGUGAACACUUACUAACAGAGUGGGCUGUAAAUAAGAUCCAACACAAAAUUGAAAACUCUAGGACUUGGACGGUCACCGGCGUUCGUGUUAACAGUUUUGAAGUUGAAGAUGGUAAAAAAAGAGGGUUCGUUGAUUUAGCUAACGGCACAUGCACUUGUCGGGUAUGGCAAUUAUCUGGUUUGCCAUGUGGUCACGUUAUUGCUGUAUCAAGAUUUUUAGGUGAAAGUGACUGUGGUCAUUAUUCUAUGUCAUGUUACAGUAACGAAGUUUAUAAAGCAACGUAUGCAGAAGAGAUAAAUCCUCUCCCGCAUAAAUCUGAGUGGGAAAAACCGGACGGUUUAUUAAAUCUGCAACCACCGAAUAUUACCAAACGUCAAUCCGGUCGGCCAAAGGAAAACAAGCGAAUCCUGUCACGAGGGGAGGAACCCACUCCCAUAUUCUGUGGCCGGUGCCGAAGUCACGGCCAUCACCGGGAAAGUUGUAGACACCCCACAUAUUCCCAGAGUACCUCCCGGGGCAUCUCAACGGCGCAUGUACGAAGCGUAGAAGUCGAACCAGAGGAUUUCAGGGAUUACGUAUCGCAACAUACAAUCCCCACGUACAAUUUAGGAGAGGAUUAA